AUGGAAUCUCAGAUCGAGAAUGCCAUUGAGAUCGCAUGGAAUCCUACCUCCGACCAAGCCCUAAAGACUCAAGCUUUCGAUUUUCUACAUCAACUACGUGCCGAUCCCCACGCGUGGCAAGUCUGUAUCAGUCUAUUUGCUAGAACACCGAGGCCCUCCGAUGUUGUCCGACUCGUCAGCCUCGAGAUCGUUAAUAAUGCCAUCCACGUACAAUCUCUCGACACCCAGGCCUUGCUCAGCCUUAGAGAGGCUCUGCUAGCCUAUGUACGAUCUACCUACGGCACCAACCAAGUCCAGAUAGAUUCUCCUACCUUACAAAACAAGCUCACCCAAACCCUCACCCUACUCUUUGUCUCGCUGUACAAGCAAGGUUGGGAAAGCUUCCUCGACGACGUCCUAGCUCUCACCAUAUUACCUGGAAGUAACCAACGUGAUAACGUUGCCGGUGUUAUCCUCUACCUGCGCAUUCUCGGCUCCAUCCACGACGAGAUUGCCGACGUCCUGCUUGUGCGUCAGGACGUCCAGGCCCGCAGCCACACCGAACUCAAGGAUCUUAUGCGAGAGCGUGACGUUGGGAAGGUAGCUCAGUCCUGGAAGGAUCUUCUCGCUCAAUAUGGAAAUCAGAAUGACGGCAUCCUCGAGAUGACCCUCAAAGUCAUUGGCAAAUGGGCCAGCUGGAUCGACAUAUCUCUUAUCAUCAACGAUGGCAUGCUGAACCUGAUCCUUCCCUUGGUCGGCCGCUCGAACGAGACCGGCGGCGACGACAAGGUUAGGGAUGCGGCCGUUGAGGCAUUCACCGAGAUUGUGGGCAAGAAAAUGCGUCCGGCCGACAAGGCAGAGAUGAUAUCAUUCCUAAAUCUACGAGACAUAAUAGCCCAGCUCAUAGCCAGCCCUCCGCUGAACGAAUUUAAAGGCACCCCUAGAUAUGAUACCGACCUCGGUGAAGCUGUCGCGAAAUUAGUUAACACCGUCGUGGCCGAUAUCGUUAGAGUCCUAGAAGACCGAUCUACCGAUGAUGCUACAAGAGCUAAAUCGAAUCAGCUCCUCCACGAUUUCAUCCCCCUCCUGCUACGGUUUUUCUCGGAUGAAUACGACGAAAUAUGCUCUACGGUUAUACCAUCGCUCACAGAUGUCCUAGCCUAUUUCCGCAAACUCUCCGAACUACCCCCCUCGUUUUCUGAGACGCUGCCUCCAAUUCUGAACGCCAUCAUCAUGAAGAUGCGAUACGACGAGACGUCUUCCUGGGGAAAUGAAGACGAGCAAACAGACGAGGCUGAGUUCCAAGAGUUACGGAAGAGGCUUCAAGUCCUACAGAAAACUGUAGCAGCUGUCGACCAGAACCUUUACAUUGAUGUUCUGACCAACCUAGUUGCGAAUACCUUCCAGACCUUAGAUGAGCAAGGCUCUCAAAUGGACUGGAGAGAUGUUGACCUGGCUCUUCAUGAGAUGUUUCUAUUCGGUGAGCUUGCCAUGCCUAAUCAGGGGCUAGGUCCCAAGAAUCAGCCUUCUCCAGCAGCAUCCGAAAGACUUAUGGCGAUGAUGACCAAAAUGGUCCAAUCCGGAAUUGCAAAUUUCCCUCACCCAGCAAUCCUUUUGCAUUACAUGGAGAUCUGCGUCCGCUAUUGCGCAUUUUUUGAAAGCCAGACUUCACUAAUCGGUCAGGUCCUCGAAAAUUUUGUCCGGCUUGUGCAUCACGACCACGUAAGGAUUCGUACUCGUUCAUGGUACCUCUUCCAUCGUUUCGUGAAGCACCUAAGAGCGCAGGUGGGGAAUGUGGCCGAGACGGUCAUUCAGUCUAUCAGCGAUCUUCUCCCCAUCCAGGCGGAAGUUCCAGGAGAUGAUGCCGAUGACGAUAUGUCCUCUGAUCAGACCGAUAACUCUGCCGAUGCCAUCUUUACCAGUCAGCUCUAUCUAUUCGAAGCUAUUGGAUGCAUUUCAUCAACUAGCGCGACUCCUAUCGAAAAGCAGGCGCUUUAUGCCCGCUCCGUCAUGGACCCCUUAUUCGCCGAUAUGGAGCAGCACCUCCCAAGAGCUAGGAACAGUGAUGCCCAGGCUAUACUCCAGAUACAUCAUAUCAUUAUGGCUUUAGGCACUCUGGCACAUGGAUUUUCGGACUGGACUCCCGGGGCGAAUUCUUCCAAUCAAAGACCACCCCCGGCAAAGGCCCUAUCCGACGAGUUUGCACGUGCCGCUGAAGGUAUCUUAAUCGCGCUUAGAGAAUUGAAUACUUCCUCCGAAAUCCGUACAGCAUGCAGAUCGGCCUUCUCGCGUCUUCUUGGCGUGCUAGGAUCCGCUGUGCUUCCGCAGCUUCCUCAAUGGAUCGACGGCCUCUUAUCCCGAAGUUCGUCCAAGGACGAGAUGGCAAUGUUCCUCCGACUCUUGGACCAGGUUGUCUACGGCUUCAAGUCGGAAAUAUACGAGGUGCUCAACCAAUUACUUACGCCCUUGCUGCAGAGAGUCUUUGGUGGGCUGUCAGAGCCGAUCAACGGUACUGACGACGAGAUUCAACUUGCCGAGCUCCGCCGCGAGUACCUAACAUUUAUCGGGGUUAUCUUAAACAACGAACUUGCCGGAGUACUCGUGUCAGAGGCGAACCAAGGCUUUUUCGAAUCGCUAAUCACCUCCAUCCUAGGCUUAGCUCGAGAUAUCGGACCUGGUUCGGGAAGCCUCCCGGCGAGUCGAUUAUCCCUCGGGCUCCUCUCGAAGAUGGCCGGUGCCUGGGGCGGACCGGACGUAGCAAACAUUUCGGCAAACCCGUCAGCACCUACCGGAUCUCCAUCGCCUGUCAUCCCCGGUUUUGAUCAGUUCCUCAUCGACAGGUUUCAUUCGGUAUGCUGGGAAGUCCUACGUGAUCCGCAAUUCAACCCAAAUACGGAUGCCCAGGCUAAGCAAGUCCUCCACGAAAUCGCCGGGCUGGAGCAGGCCAUAUACCUCAAGACGGGAGCGUCGUUCUUGGAGCAUCUACAAACGACACUUUUCCCUGGUCUCGGCAUUGACGGAAACGAUUUCCUGCGAGCAAUGACUACGUCGACGGAUAAGAAGACAUUUUCAAAAUAUCUAUUGAGUCUAAUGAAAGAUUCGAGAUGA